ACCACACCAAUCAUGGACGUAUUCUCCACAUCCCAGAUCUUCUACGACAGUGCCUGUGCCUCAUCUCCUGAAGCUUUGGACUUCGGCCCUGGAGGGGAACUGGCCGGGUCUGAGGAGGACGAGCACGUCAGGGCCCCCGGGGCUCCGCACCAGCCGGGUCACUGUCUGCAGUGGGCCUGCAAAGCUUGUAAGCGCAAAGCCAGCACGGUGGACCGCCGGAGAGCCGCCACUAUGAGGGAGCGCCGCAGGCUGAAGAAGGUGAACCACGCAUUUGAGGCACUACGGCGCUGUACCUCGGCAAACCCCAGCCAGCGUCUUCCUAAGGUGGAGAUCCUGAGGAACGCCAUCCAGUACAUCGAGAGCCUUCAGGAGCUGCUUAGGGAACAGGUGGAAAACUACUACAGCCUGCCUAUGGAAAGCAGCUCUGAGCCUGCCAGCCCCUCCUCAAGCUGUUCUGAAAGCAUGGUUGACUGCAACAGUCCUGUAUGGCCUCAGAUGAAUCCAAACUUUGGGAAUAACUACAACUUUGAUGCACAGUCUGCUAGUGCGGUGGACAGAACUCCAGGAGUGUCUAGUUUGCAGUGUCUGUCCAGCAUCGUGGACAGGCUGUCCUCUGUGGACACGGGAGUUGCAAUGGGAAUGAGGAACAUGGUCGCUCUUUCUCCGACUGGAAGUGAUUCGCAAUGCAGUUCUCCAGACAGUCCCAGCAACAGACCAGUCUACCACGUCCUGUGAGAGGGAGAGAACGCUCUGCAGAAUCAGAACACCCGCCAUUCAAAUUGCAUGUUCAUUUUGGAGUAUUUUGGAUAAUUUCUUAAUUCGUUCAGAUGCCAAUAAGAAUAUAGUAGUUUCAAACCUCAAUUCAGAACACACAAAGAUUUGACCUCAAAUGUAUGGUCAAAAGUGCAAAACAAAAUUGUGCAUUUAUUCUGGGACUGGUUAUAAUUUGAUGUAUGUGGUCAGGCUUUAACUUAACUGGCUUAAAAACCCAAACUAUCCAUAAAAAUAUGAAAUAUUAAAGCACAAACAGUGGAUCUUUUACUGUGUUGGCUGACUAUGUAGCUUAACUACACUGACCUUGGUUUUAUUUAUCAAUAAUAAUAAUCGCUGUGGUACUUAGUAAAUGCUGUUUUUUUAUGUUGUCCACAACCUACCAUCUCUGUGUUGUAAAUAAGAUUGUACAUAAUUUUAAAUGACUGUUAUUGUAUUCAUGUAAUGUUGUUUCUGUCAUAUUUAAUGAACAUUCUCACAUAAAAUGACUUUUUUUUUUUUCAAUAAUAAAUCUCAAAAAGUUGUAUUUAAUAA